AUGGAGGAUUGCGGGGCAAAUGUGGAGGAGGCCAGGGUGGAUGUGGAGGAGGCCAGGUCAGAUGUGGAGGAGGCCGCGGCAGACGUGGAGGAGGCCAGGUCAAACAUGAAGGAGGCCGGGGCAGAUGUGGAGAAAGCCGGGCCGGUUCUGGAGGAGGCUGGGCCGGAUGUCGAGGAGGCCAGGCCAGACAUGGAGGAGACCAGCGCAGACAUGGAGGAGGCCAUGACGGAUGUAAAGGAGGUCGGGGCAGACGUGGAGGAGCCUGGGCCAGGGGUGGAGGAGGCCGGACCAGAUGUGCCAGACUUGGAUGAGGCCGAGACAGAUGUGGAGGAGGCUGGGGCAGACGUCGAGGAGGCUACGGCAAAUGUGGAGGAGGCCAGGCCAGACGUGGAAGAGGAUGGGGCAGACAUGGUGGGGUUUGAGGCAGACGUGGAGGCGGCCGGGGUAGACAUGCAGGAGGCCGGGCCAGGCAUGUAG